ACCAUGUCCAUCGUUGAGCAACACCUGCGGCGCGCGGAUGAGGCGACGCUGUCGCCGGCGGCCUUGGCGGCGAUAGCAGCGCGCGACAAGAUCAUCGCGCAGUUUAAAGUGCUCCAGAUUUUGUAUACGGUCGGGUAUGGCGCCAUGUUUCUUCUCUCGGUCGCGUGCGUCGUCUACCUUCGUCGGCACCGCGCGACCGCGUACCUCGGCGACUCGGACGCGGCGCGCAAGAUCCUCUUGCCGUCCUUCGAGCCGCUCAUCUGGGUCAUGUGCGCCGUCACCGGCUCGUACACGUUGUACUUUAUCGUCGCGUCGAUCGCCGACUACACCAAGCCGAUUUUCAACUCGAUUUUUACCGAAUUUUUGUACGAAGGCCGGCAGUUUAUCGUGUUUUUGGUCAUUGCGUUCCUCUUUCAACGGUCCGUGUCGCGGCCCGCGCUGAAGCGGUCGAUGGCGAUCUCGUUCUUGCUCUGCCUCAUACCACUUUCGACAACGAUCAUCUUUAGCGUCACGGACGCGCCGGCGCUCACGGCCCACGUCGUCACGGUCGGGUACCGCGUCGCCAUCAUUGGCUUUUUGAUUUGGCUCUGCUUUUACCCACUCGGACGCGCCAACCAGCGCGCGCUGCGUGAGUUUUGCGGCUUUCUCAUCGGGUAUUACGUCCUCGUUUUGAUUUACGGUGAGCUCUUCUACGCCAAUUUAACGACCGCGGGGAUCGUGCUCGUCUUCUUUACGAUCACGUGGGCGUCGACUGCCCCGUUCUUCAUUUACCGCGUGCUCCGCGCCGACACGCAGCACUGGCGUGGCCUCGGCGAGCGCGCGUGCGACCUCCAAGCGCUGUUUCGGCAAAACCAGUGCAUGCAGGAAAUCGUGUCGGCGCAGGGACUGCACAUUUUACUCGAGAUGCACCAGCGCGACAUCAUCGACUUUGCCCACCUCGAGCUCACGCACAAGAUUGGUCUCGGCGCGUCUGCCGACGUCUACCGUGGGCUCCUCCACUCGAAAAUUCCGGUCGCGAUUAAAGUCUACUCGCCGACCGAGAUCACGGAGGCGACGAUUGUCGACUUUUCCCAAGAGGCCGCGCUCUGCUCUGCGCUCACGCACCCCAACGUCGUCACGUUCCAUGGCAUGUGUGUGCUCCCGCCAACGAUUUGCCUUGUCUCGGAGCUCUGCCGCGGGUCGCUCGAAGACAAGCUGCAUUUCGCCAAGCACGAUUAUACAGAGCCGCUCCUUCUGCAGCUCUGCUACAUGCUCGACGCGGCCCGCGCGGUGGCGUACCUCCACUCGUUCUCGCCGCCGUUUAUUCAUCGCGACAUCAAACCCGCGAACUUCCUCAUGGACGCCACCAACCGCGUCAAGCUCACCGACUUUGGCGAGUCGCGCUCGAUGGCGGGCAAGAUCCACGAUCUCUCGGCGCCGAGCGUGCGCCUCAUGACGAUGCGGGGCACGGCCGACUAUAUGGCGCCCGAGAUCAUUGACGGCCGGCAAGGCGAGGCGAGCUACAGCGAGAUGGCCGACAUUUACAGCCUCGCGGUGACGUUUUGGGACGUGCUGCACCCGGGGCGGGAAAAGUACGCGAGCAGCUCGAGCCACAUGCACGUCUUCAAGACCGUCCUCGACGGGCAGCGCCCGCCGCUCGACCCGGAGCUCCACCCGGUGUUUCGCGACCUCCUUGAGAGCGCGUGGUGCUCGGACCCUGAGUUUCGUCCGACCGCCAGUGCGAUCGUGGGCCUUUUGGAGGCGUUCCAGGAAGAAGUCUGCGGCACGGUGGCCCACGUGCUCUCCCGUCUCGUGCAGUACACGCCGCUGAACAAGUCGCGCCGUGGCAAGCCCAACAUGACGUUCACGGGCGAAGAGGUCGUGCGCUGCCUCCGCGAGCACAUGUAUGCGUACGAAGACGAGGAGGCGGUCCGCGUUGGCAACGCGCUCAUGGACGCUGGGUGUCUCCACCACGUGACGCACACCAAGGCGUUCGAGAACUCGGUCGCGAGCUACUUUUUCGACGAGGCGCAGAUCGACCUCGUGCAGCCAUUGCCGCGCGACCAGCGCGAGACCAAGUCGUCGUCCAACGAUGACAGCGUGCCCGUCAUUUACGUCUCGCAAGCGACGAGCUCCGAGCCGCACGAGGCGUCGUCCGAACGGCUACUGCACAACGGCCAUUGUGGCUGCAAGAAGCUCGCGCAGGGCUUCGACGCCAAGCCCAAGGCCCAUAAGCACAAGCUCUUUCGACGCAACAAAAAGACCCUCGACGCCACCAACCUCCUCACAGUGAAUCUGCUCAACGACAUGGCACCCGACGAGUUUACAGGAUUUCCGACCACUGAAACCAUCCUGUCCGAGCCGAGCCGAAACGCUGGCCCUGUGCUGACCGCUUAACAAUCUAUCUAGUGUUCCAUUCUGUGCGUAUUUACUCUAUAUAACUUGUACUACUCAAUG